AUCAAAGAAUCUGAAAAAUCAUCUUAGUAUACAAUAAAAUAGAUUUUCUAUUUAUUUUUCUAAUUUUUAAAUAGUUUUCUUAGUCUGUUUUGGGUUCUCACUAAAAACAGAUAAAAUAUCAAAGUUUUCUUUAUAUUUUCUUGAGGUGUAUUGGACAAAGGUUUUCCCUAAGGUCUUAAAGAACGUAUUCGAUUUUUGCUCAAUUUAUACUUUCGAAUAUAAACCAGAGAUUGUGCCUACUAAGUAAAACAAAUGAAAAUUCCAACUAAUAAAAGAAAUAUUGAGUUAGUUUCAUUAAAAUGCAGCAGCUGCUAAUGCUGCUGUGGCUGCUCCUUUUGCUACAAACGAGUCCCCUAAAGGCCAGCCUGCUCAACACUUUAUUGGGCGUGCCAUCAGAGUGUGUACAUCAGACUGGCAUUUGGCCCUGUAAAUUGAGCUUCUCGUGCUGGCUGCAAGGCGGCAAACAUGCCAAAGGCUGCGGCCAUAAUAAAUGGCUAUUCAGCUGUUGCAUUGCCGCAGAAGCAACACAGCAUCAGCAUCAGUAUCAGCAGCAGCAACAGUCACACCAAAACCAGCAGCAACAAUAUCAUUAUCAGCAACAACAGUCGCCGCUGGAGAAUCUUGUGGACUUUGGCAAACUGAAAGUGGCCACUUUGAAUAGUUUACCCAAGCGCAUCAUGUUGCGUCGUCGGGAUGAUAAUGAUCUGCUGACUAGUAAGACCCCUGAAUGUGGCUUGCCUCGCACAGCUCAGAACACGCUGCAGAAACGCAUCAUUGGCGGCCGUCCAGCCCAAUUUGCUGAAUAUCCAUGGCAGGCUCAUAUACGCAUUGCGGAAUAUCAAUGCGGCGGCGUUUUGAUCUCUUCGAAUAUGGUGGCCACGGCUGCCCAUUGCAUACAGCAGGCACAAUUGUCCGAUAUCACGGUGUAUCUAGGUGAAUUGGAUACCCAGAAUUUGGGACACAUUCAAGAGCCGCUGCCAGUGGAGAAGCAUCGUGUGCUACAGAAGAUAAUCCAUCCACGUUUCAAUUUUCGAAUGACUCAGCCAGAUCGUUAUGAUUUGGCUCUGCUGCAGCUGGUUCAUCCGACGGGUUUUAGUGAGCAUAUUUUACCCAUUUGCCUGCCCCAAUAUCCCAUACGUUUGAUUGGACGAAAAGGUUUAAUUGCCGGCUGGGGCAAAACUGAGGCACAUUUGGGCCAUGCUGGCACCAAUAUGCUGCAAGUGGCAAGUGUGCCUAUCAUAACUACUUUGGAUUGCAUACGUUGGCAUGAGAGCAAACAGAUUAAUGUUGAAAUUAAGGCCGAAAUGUUUUGUGCUGGUCAUUCCGAUGGUCAUAUGGAUGCCUGUUUGGGUGAUUCUGGUGGCCCCUUGGUGGUUAAGGAACGUGGUCGAUAUGUUCUUGUGGGCAUAACCAGUGCUGGUUUUGGCUGCGGUGUUGAUCAUCAACCAGGUAUCUAUCAUAAUAUACAAAAGACAGUCAAGUGGAUACAGGAUGUCAUCGAGCGUAAUGAACCGGCAACAGCUGCUGCCCACAGCAAUUACAAUUCAGUUUACAAUGAUGUGAUUACACCCCAACUUAAACAAGCCAUUGACAAGGAAUUGCCCAAAGAGGCCAAGUUCUUUGAUGAGCUCGAUUUGAUUCCACAAUCAUGCCGCUUUCGUGGCCACAAAUUCGAAUGCGGCCUGUCCAUCUCAUGUGUCUUAGGUGGCGGCAAACCGCUCGAUCUUUGCUCAGGCGGCAUGAUUUGGUCAUGUUGCGUGGACAAAGAUUUGGAUGCCGAGGAGAACUCACAUGCAACGCCGGUUAAUAACACGAGUGACAUAAUACACUUGCAUGAUAUAUAUCCUGAUCUAUCGCCGAAUGCCAAUAAGCCACAGCACCAUAGCACAGCGCCCAGCUCUUCUGCUUCCACUUCCUCCGCAUCAUCAUCCUCAUCAUCUGCAGCAACAGGUUCACGUCCAGGUUAUGGAAAUGGCGGCUAUUUUGGGGUCACCAAGCGUCCCGGUCCUGGCAAUCCCUAUAAGCCACCAGCGCCGUUGCCUCAUCGCCCUCUGUCAUCGAAUCUAAAUAGUUGGGAACAUGAUGCUGGGAAUAGUCAUCAUGGUAUAACGAAUCAUUUGGAUAACUUUUUUGAUGCGGAUUCACCGCCAGGAUCGGCAGAUGGAAAUCCACAUGAUUUACUGCCCAAUGCCCAGCCCUUUGCUGUGGGCAAUGUCUUGGAUCUCAAUGCGGGCGAAGCGGCCGAUGAGUAUCAGACCAAUGGUGGUCCUUCCUCAUCAUCAUCGUCAUCAUCCUAUCGUCCAGUGCCGGGCUGUGGUGAGGUCUACACACGUUCAAAUCGCAUUGUCGGUGGGCAUUCGACUGGCUUUGGUUCACAUCCCUGGCAAGUGGCCUUGAUCAAGAGUGGUUUUCUUACCCGCAAACUAAGCUGCGGUGGUGCUUUGAUAUCCAAUCGUUGGGUGGUCACUGCCGCUCAUUGUGUAGCCACAACCACCAACUCAAAUAUGAAAAUACGUCUUGGCGAAUGGGAUGUACGUGGUCAGGAGGAACGCCUCAAUCAUGAGGAAUAUGGUAUCGAACGCAAGGAAGUUCAUCCGCACUAUAAUCCUGCUGAUUUCAAAAACGAUGUGGCCCUCAUCCGUUUGGACCGAAAUGUGGUAUAUAAACAACAUAUUAUCCCAGUCUGUUUGCCGCCACCUUCUACCAAAUUAACUGGCAAAAUGGCCACUGUGGCUGGUUGGGGUCGGACGAGGCAUGGUCAAAGCACUGUGCCCUCGGUGCUGCAGGAAGUGGAUGUUGAGGUCAUCUCAAAUGAUCGAUGUCAACGUUGGUUCCGUGCAGCAGGUCGUCGGGAGGCCAUACACGAUGUCUUCCUCUGCGCUGGCUACAAGGAUGGCGGUCGGGACUCUUGUCAGGGUGAUAGCGGUGGGCCACUCACUUUAACCAUGGAUGGUCGCAAAACUUUAAUUGGUCUCGUCUCUUGGGGCAUUGGUUGCGGGCGAGAGCAUUUACCCGGCGUCUAUACAAAUAUUCAGCGUUUUGUUCCUUGGAUCAAUAAGGUGAUGGCCAAUGAUAAUAAUGCGUAGUCCAUGGGAAUUUUAGUGGAUAAAUGCUUAACAUUAAAAAUUGGAAGACUGCAGUCAACGGCUCGAGGAUGGGAAAACUACUUGUAGAUGAAAUUCCGCUGCAGUUGUGUGCGUGGAAUGACCUCGACCUCAACAGAUUGCAGAUGGCCAUGAUGUGAUUCCUCUAUGACUCGGGGUUGCUAGUGUUUAAGGUUCUUCCCUUCAUCUCCUUCGUCCAUCUCAUC